CGUCGCAUCUCGUGCACGAUCUGUUUUCUCAUCAGCGAGCAAACAUUUGAUAGAAACCCGCUUUCGGAACAGCUUCGCCCUGAAAUACAAAUACGCCAAGAAGCCGGGACUUUCACGCGUUGAAGAAGUUAUCAUUUGAUUAGGAACCAAUUGCGAGGUUAAUACCGUUGCUGUGCCUUUGCUCGUGUGAAUUAACAAAUCAAGCCAAAAAUGGGCGAAGGUUUGACCGAUAAGGAAGCGAAGGAGCUGCUGAAGCUUCCGGAUGCCGAAACGAAGAACUUCCUGUUCCAACAAACGAUGUACCGCAUUAAAGAUCCCCGGGCUUCGCUUCCGUUCUACAACGAGGUGCUGGGUAUGAAUCUGCUUUGCAAGCUGGACUUUGCAGAGGCCAAAUUCUCCCUCUACUUUAUGGGCUACGAGGACAUUGGCAGUCAACCGACGGAUCGGAAGGAAUGCAUACAGUGGGCAAUGAGUCGGAAAGCGACGCUGGAGCUUACCCACAACUGGGGCACGGAGAAUGAUCCCGAGUUUAAGUACCACAACGGUAACAGUGAUCCACGCGGAUACGGUCACAUCGGUAUUAUGGUGCCAGACGUAAAGAAGGCAUGCGAGCGGUUCGAUCGGUUGGGAGUGGAGUACGUCAAGCGCCCGGAUGAGGGCCGUAUGAAGGGGUUAGCGUUCAUCAAGGACCCGGACGGUUACUGGAUUGAGAUCUUCAAUGCAUCCACGGUUCAGGCGCACUAAACUACGCGCCUUCGGUGCAUGCGUGAUUAAAUGUUAAACGUAUAUGUAUUCUCGGGAGAACAAAAGUAUCGGAACAGAAACGGGCAAAUACUUAUCAGUAAUCGGAAAUUAAGGAAAUAUGGGUUUCAAUUUGUUUGCGAAAAAUAAAAGCACCGUGCCUUGUUAUAAUAC